UCCGGAUGAGGACGUCGCUUCGUCACCGGCGUCGAGAGCGAGAAGGAGGAAAGGGGGAGAGGGAGCGCCUCCCCGCUCGCACGCCGAUUGGCUGCCGCUAAUCGACGGCUCGCCUCCUUCCCCGCAGACGGUCUCCGAGCCCAGGGCGGGGCUCACGCGCUCAAACCCGGCUCCAGAAAAACUUGGGCCGGGUCGACGCAUGGAGCAGUGUGGGAAGGCUGUGUCCGUCGGUGGGAAGCUGAGACGCGGACGGCCGGGUUCCAUCCUCCGGGAACGCCGGUGCGGUUGAGAAGCGUGGCCGGAUUUGACACCGCGGCGCCCGGGGAAGGAUUUGUGGCGACGCCGGAGGAGGAAGGAGCCUGGUGGUGCUGGUGUGCGUGUGUGUGUGUGCGUGCGUGCGCGUGUGUGUGCGUGCGUGUGUGUGUGUGUGUGCGCGCGCGCGCGCGUGUGUGUGUGUGUGUGUGUGUGUGUGUGUGUGUGUGUGGUGGGUGGGGGGGUAAACGCAACCGAGAAGAAGCGUUCAUUUCCUGCGUGUGCUUGUCAGGAUGAUGUGACAAGUCCCGAGGGAGAACGCGGAAAUCGGAUUUAUUUCCCCGCCGCUGCAGAGCACCCGAGCCGCCGGCUUUGAAGGCUGGCAGGCCUGUGGUGGGGACACACAACAUGGCAGAAGCGCGGCGGGAGAGCACCAGCAGCCUGCAGAGGAAGAAGCCUCCGUGGCUGCGAUUGGACAUUCCCACUGCUCAGAUGUCGCUGGACGAGCCACCCACGUUUGUUCAGCCGAUAAAGAGGCAGGGCUUCCUGCGCAGCAUCAGCAUGCCGGUGGAGACGUCUCACCUCCAGUCGCCGCCCCGGGACUUCUUUGACAGCCGGCGGCCAGCCUUGCAGCGCCAGUCGUCCAUCACGCAGACCAUCAAGAGCAGCAGGAGGGUUCACUUUGAGCGGAUUAACACAGUGCCCGUCAAGGGCCAGCGAGCUGCCCGCCGCAGCGCCAGGAAGCAUCACUCGCUUUCCAGAACCCUGCUCAGGGGCACGGCCGACUGGUUCGGGGUGAGCAAGGACGGCGACGCCACGCAGAAAUGGCAGCGCAAGAGCCUCCGCCACUGCAGCCUGCGCUACGGAAAGCUCAAGCCGCAGGUGAUCCGCGAGAUGGACCUGCCCAGCCAGGACAACAUCUCUUUAGCCAGCACCGAGACGCCGCCUCCGCUGUAUGUGCCCUCCUCGUCGCAUGGCAUGCAGAAGAUCGUCGACCCACUGGCCCGCGGCCGAGCCUUCCGCACGGUCGAGGAGGUUGACGGCUACAGCGUACCGCAGACGCCAAUCACGCCCGGGGCAGCGUCGCUGUGCUCCUUCACCAGCUCGCGCUCAGGCCUCAACCGGAUACCCCGCCGGCGCAAGAGGGAGUCCGUGGCCAAGAUGAGCUUCCGGGCGGCGGCGGCGCUGGUCAAGGGGCGCUCCAUACGGGACAGCACCCUGCGGCGGACCCAUCGACGCAGCUUUACUCCGGCCAGCUUCAUGGAGGAAGACAUCGACUUUCCCGAUGAGCUGGACACGUCCUUCUUUGCCAGAGAUGUUCUGAUGCCCGAAGAGCUGUCCACGUACGCUGAUGAGGUGUUCGAGUCGCCAUCGGAGGCGGCCGUGAAAGAGGCAGAGCGCGGCAACAAGGAUGAGAUGGAGCUGACUGGAAGCGCACUGGAUAAAACAGCUCUGGAGAGGAGUCACCUGAUGCUACCUUUGGAGCGAGGGUGGCGUAAAGCCAAAGAGGGCGCGCCGGGCCCCCCCAAGGUGCCCUUGCGUCAGGAGGUGGUGAGCGUCAACGGGCAGCGGCGCGGCCAACGCAUCGUGGUGCCCGUCAAGAAGCUUUUCGCCCGUGAGAAGAGGCCGUACGGGCUGGGCAUGGUGGGCAAGCUGACCAACCGCACGUACCGCAAGCGCAUCGACAGCUACGUCAAGCGGCAGAUCGAGGACAUGGACGACCACAGGCCUUUUUUUACAUACUGGAUCACCUUUGUCCACUUGCUGAUCACCAUCCUGGCUGUGUGCAUCUACGGCAUUGCGCCGGUGGGCUUCUCCCAGCACGAGACGGUGGAUUCGGUUUUAAGAAAUAAAGGCGUGUACGAAAAUGUCAAGUUUGUACAGCAGGAGAAUUUCUGGAUCGGGCCGGGCUCGGAGGCGCUGAUCCACCUGGGGGCCAAAUACUCUCCAUGCAUGCGGCAGGACAAGCAAGUGCAUGAGUUCAUCAGGGAAAAACGAGCCAUCGAACGCAACUCGGCGUGCUGCGUGCGCAACGAUCGCUCCGGCUGUGUGCAGACUUCCGAAGAGGAGUGCUCGAGCACUCUGGCUGUGUGGGUGAAGUGGCCGAAGCAUUCCAGCACGCCUCAGUUAAACGGGAAGGACAGACAGUACGGCUCCGUCUGCCGUCAGGACCCCAGGAUAUGUCUGGAGCCCGCCUCGGUCUCGCCGCACGAGUGGCCCGAUGACAUCACCAAGUGGCCAAUUUGCACCAGGUACAACACAGGGAACCACACCAACCUGCCUCACAUUGACUGCACCAUCAUGGGCCGACCCUGCUGCAUCGGAACCAAAGGAAGGUGUGAAAUCACAUCGCGGGAAUAUUGUGACUUCAUGAAUGGUUUCUUUCAUGAGGAAGCAACACUCUGCUCCCAAGUGCAUUGCAUGGAUGACGUAUGUGGACUGCUGCCUUUCCUCAACCCUGAGAUCCCGGAUCAGUUUUACAGACUCUGGCUCUCACUCUUUCUGCACGCGGGGAUCCUUCACUGCAUGGUGUCGGUGGCAUUUCAGAUGACCAUCCUGAGGGACCUGGAGAAGCUGGCGGGAUGGCUGCGCAUCUCCAUCAUUUACAUCGUCAGCGGCAUCACCGGCAACCUGGCGUCGGCCAUCUUCCUGCCGUACAGAGCCGAGGUGGGACCAGCGGGCUCUCAGUUCGGCAUCUUGGCCUGCUUGUUCGUGGAGUUGUUCCAGAGCUGGCAGAUCCUGGCGCAGCCUUGGCACGCCUUUACCAAGCUGCUGUGCGUGGUGCUCUUCCUGUUCGCCUUCGGCCUGCUGCCGUGGAUCGACAACUUUGCGCACUUCAGCGGCUUCGUGUCGGGCUUCUUCCUGUCCUUCGCCUUCCUGCCCUACAUCAGCUUCGGCCGCAUGGACCUGUACCGCAAGCGUUGCCAGAUCAUCGUCUUCCUGCUUGUGUUUGUGGGCCUCUUCUCGGGCCUGGCCGUGCUCUUCUACGUCUACCCCAUCAAGUGCGAGUGGUGCGAACUGCUCACCUGCAUCCCCUUCACGGACAAAUUUUGCGAGAAGUACGACCUCAACGCGCACCUCCAUUGAGGGCACCCCCCCCCCACACACACACACACACACGAAUCAGGUCAGAACGGGACGUUUAAAAACCACUUGAACUCAAGAUAAUUUGUGUUUUUCUACUCUAGUAAGUGUAAAACCCACGUCACCUUGUUUAAUCAGCCCCCUGCUCACCCACCACUGUGCACUCCUUAUGAGGUUCAGCACUUCACCAGGUGUCGGAAGUACUGAAGCCACUGCUGGUACACAGGAGAGAAGGAGCUAAUCAUUGUCAUUUGUGUUUCACUCUUAACGUGGAGUUUUUAAACAGGAGGAGGAUCAGUGCCAAAUGCGGGGGGGGGGGUGAGGUGGGGGGGGGGUUGGGAUCAUCUGAUUUAACAUUCAACUUACUGCUUUUUAAACACAUUUAGGUUAAAAUUCAAACAUCAAACAGGACAUUGUCAUUGACAAUGGUCAACCUCCGUAAUUGCUACUUAAAUCAGAAUUCUGUCCAUAUAAUUAUGACUUGAUUCCUUGUACUUCCACGACAGCACUUAACAAAACACAAAAUGCCACUGAAAGCAGAAUUCUGUCUCUUAAUACUAAUUCUAAUAGUAGAAUUCUUUAUUUUCUACGAGAGCACUAAAAAAAAAAAAAACCUCAUUAAUUGACUUUCUGGCCAAUGUAAUAGUACAAUACAAAUUUUCUUUUUCCACAUCCUAGUUCCUACCUAAAACAUUUUCAUCAAUUUGGACCUUAUACUUAACUGGAACUUAAUAAUUACCUUUUACAGCUUUUUGAAAUACUAAUUUUUUGGGACAAUAUUUAUACAAUAACUUCAAAUUUACUUUUUCCACAUUAGAGUCUACCUAAAACAGUAUUUGGGGACUUUUUCAUCAAUAUAAACCUUAUACUUGUUCUAGAGCAUUAAAGAAAAAAACUUGAUAAUUAUUAUUUGUAACUUGUUCAUAUUUUUGGACAAUAUAGUUGUACAAUUAACUUCAAAUGUGUUUCCCCCACCCCACCCCACAUUUACCUGAAACACUGCAUUUUCACAUUUUUAUCAAUUGAUAUUUGUUCUUCAGCACUUAAAAAUGGCCUUUACAUUCUUAAUUCUCAUCAUUCCAACCGAAAACACAUCACUAUGACUCAGUGAAAUACACUCUUAAUAGUUUGUUCAUGUUUGCACCUGAAACUCCUACUAGAGCACUCACAAAUGAAAAAAAUGACUCAUCAUAUUUUACAAAAAACAACAUUUCUUCAUUUUAAAAAAUGUCUUCACGUGUUUGGACUUUAUACUUUACACUAUAGUGUUAUAACCCCUCUUGUAAAAUGCCAAAUUGUGACAUUUUAAAAGCUAUUUCAUGACUUCACACUUGGAAAUCAACCGCUUUCGUCAAUUUGCAUGUCGUACUUUUACUACAACAGCAAAAUAAUUGCAACUUUUUUGAAACCAACACAAUUUGAAUGUUAAUGAUCCAAUUUCCACACUUGGUUCUCAUCCUCUUCCACAGAACUCUUUCAGGCAACCUCAAACUGACAGCAGGGACGACAACAAAAAAUAGAUAUCCAAUAUUAAAACCUUUGGUGCCUUGUUGAAAGAGAAAUGUACCAACUACUACUGCCAUAUUUUUUUGUUACAUUAUGCUGAGCACUCAAAUGUUUUUCUUUUCCUCGUAUUUUGUUUUAUUGCUUCUCCAGAAGUGAUGGUCGUCUUGAACACGGUAGCGUUUUAGCUGCCUGUCAACUCACAUGUAACUGAAAACAACAGUAAAAAGAGAGAAAAAAAACAAAUGAUAAAAUGA